CCACGAUUCGCUAUCUCUCGCUCUUUGGAUGGAUUCUCUAACCGCGGGCCUGCAGACCAAGGGUAGCGGGAUAUUGGAAGGAACUCGGUGUCCAUCGUCUGGGUCGCUCAGCCGGGCUGGUAAUCGUCUGUUGCGCUCACUCCAGGGCGACUCGCAGGCAGUUCACGGUGACCUCAGACUACCCCAGUAUGACUGCACCGCUGAGCUUGCUUCCCACAACGCGGCAGGUAGAGGCCAAAAACGCGGACUUGCGCGAACUGGUCACUCAGCUACACCGCCAAUAUGAUGCUCAAGAACGGCUGGCGAAUGCCGCCUUCGUCGAGGCGUCCCAAGCCAUCACCGCAAAAUUCGACAAGCAGAGAGCCGACAUAGUUGCCCAGUUAGGCACGGCAAUCCCCGAAGCCGUCGAAACGGUCUUGCGGCAGAAGAGGGACCUGGAGCUGGAAGCGCUCGAACGGAGACAUCAGGAGCAAGCGGACGCCCGGAAGAGAUCGUUCGAUGAGCGAGUGCAGAGGCACAUGGAUGAAGUCUAUUCGUACAUCAACGCGCUGGCAACUUCAGCACCGCAGCCUGUACCAUGCACAGACGAUCCGCUCCCAUUGCUAGCAACAGGGCCAGUAAAAGGGUUCGCGGAAGCCAUGCCAGAAAGGCCCGCAAAAGCCAUGCGAUCCAGUGCCACUCCACCCCCGGCGAGUUCAGCCGAAACUGCCCAGAAGUUGCCUAUCUUGACGGCCGUCCCGACGCCGCCGCUAGAUGUUGCAGUUCCGCCACCAGCACAAGUCCCAGGCGAAACGGAGAGACAUUCGCACCCAGCCAAGGAUGACCGCCCGGCUGAUGCACAACCUGGAGCUUCACCGCCCCCCGAUGUCGGCGGCCAAGGCAUGCUCGCCGCAUCCGAUUCCCACCUGAGGACGGAUGAAGAGGAAGCGGUCGACGGCGCGUCCAGGGUGCUGCCGCCGGCGAAGGAGUUGGAGGCCCUUGCGUCGAACACUCCAGACCAAGGAACUCCUCGAUCAGCGUCCGUGUCGUCUGUCAGCAGCCAUGAGCAGCCGUCCGUUACCGCGGAACUCACUACCGGGGUAGAAGCUGCUCACAAACGCAAAGCAGAUGGAGAGUCAAACGGCGGGUCGCCCGCAUCUGUCUCUAGCCGUGUCAAGCGCGCCAAGCUCGAUGAAGUCAACGACGGCAUCAGCAAGGCCGCAGACCUACCAUCACAAGGGGAUCUCGCGAAUGCGCCCCAGAGGACCGUCACUUUCGAGGAGGUGUACGGGGCGCCGGACAAACAACCCCAGCACAGGCAUGUCAUCGUCCAAUACCCUAGCGGGUCCGGGAGAUUUUACAUUCUCAGGUGCGAUGAGCAUGGCGUGCACUUCGGCGAGCAUCCGCUCAGGGGCGCGGCUAAGCACCUAGCCAGCGCGCAGCACGGCAAUAUGACCAAGGCGCAUGCGACUGCCAUUGCAACUCUCGGUCACCUUGUUGUGGGUUGUACCGAGGCGCUGGCCGACAAGAACAACAAGGAGGUCAUAGAGGGCUUCAAAAACGGCAGCCUGAAGAUCUUCAAUGCCAACAACCUCAGCAUGGCGAAACGCGCCGAGCUGGGCUUUGGCCCUCUUGACCCGCCAAGCUCGCAGAAGACCAAGCAGUCCGCAAUAAUCACGAAUCCCGCCACCUGCACGUUUUACGUGGGAUCUGUUGGAGAGCUGAAAUGCCCCGUCUUGAUCCUGCCUUGGGGCGACACGUUGCCGGCCGGCAUUCAGGGCACCCUGGCUGACACAGGACUCUUCCGUGAGCCUGCGGAUGACCGGAAGCAGCAGGGAAUACCCAAACUGCCAAAGUGCUACCGCUAUGACGAGGAAGGGGGCCGCGUCAAGGGCAUUCUCGGCUGGGCAAAGGGCUACGAGACCGGCGGCCCGUUGGAGAAGAAGAGGGAAUUCCCCGUUUUGUGCGCCGACGACGACGAUUAUCGAAAGUGGACCGUCGGAUGGGUGAAGGCCGUACAUCUGUCCCCACUGGACUUCGGGGAUCCGGCUUCCCGGAAUAUCCCUUUCUACAAAGCAGCCCGGGACUACUUCGUUACUCGCGUUCUGCGCCAACGCGCCGUGCCUAAACAGCAGAGCCACGACCGCUUGCGAGAAGGUGCUAGCAGUCAUGCGACGGAGGACAUUGUCAUGAAAGAUGCCGGAGUUGUGCCCAACAAUGCGUCUGAAAGCUCCCCCGGCCGCGUUUCGAAAUGCGUCCCCAUCAUGCCGAAGCCUUCGUCAACACCAGUAUCGGUUUCUCCAGCAACCGAUGCCAGGUUGAUUGCGACGCAGGCCCUGAACUUGAAGACGCCAUCGCGGAGCGCAUUCACGCCGAUCAAUGCCGCCGGUGAUGCCGAGCCAAGCGGCCCCCCGGGCGCCAGUGCAAGCCAUGAACCCAACUCGCGGGCCGGCUCUGCGCCAAGUGUGGGCGGAGGGCACAGGCGUGUGAUCAAGAUCCAUGCACACAGCCGCAAUCCGAAUCCUGCGAACAAGGAUCAAAUGGGCACUCCGGUUGCGUUGCCGGAGAGGCCGGCGGAAGGGACGCCGUCGCAGAGAUAUCCUCCAAUCCAGUUACGGAGCGCCGAGAGGACGCAUAGCCCGGCGAGUCUUCAGAAUAUCCUGCAGGAGUUUCCGAGCCCUGCACCAGCUCCGGUUGGGGUCGCUUCUCGGUCUCCGAACUCGCCUGUGGCUCGGCAUCCCCUCCCCUCGGCGCCCACGCGAGCUGCAUCGCCUUCACGCCUAGCACCGGUCCCGGCCGUUAUUGCGAAACAACCGGAGCAGCCGCGGGAGAACCGAGCCGGCUCGGUACCUGCACAACAGCUGCAGCAGAGGGGGCACUCUGAUGGGGAGCUCCGGCGCGCUGGCAGUGCCUCGGCGAUUCCCGGCUUGAGCCGUGAAGCGACCCCUCUGCCGCCGGCUCCAGCAUCGGGCCCAGCGCCCGAUCCGGUUCUGGCCUCAACAACACCUGCGCCAGCCUCGGUGCCAGCGUCGGCGCCAGCAUCGGCGCCAGCAUCGGCGCCAGCGUCGGGCCGAGGGUCACCCCGGGCAUCGAUAUCGGCAUCGGUCCAAGCAUUGGCGUGGGAACGGGCACCGCCACGUGUGGAGGAGCGGAAGCAACGGCCACCCGCGAUCCAACUCCCUCCGCCAGCCAGUGCCUGGCCGCAGGUCCAGCAGCUCAGUACAACCCCGCUGGCCACGCCGACCACCAGCGCAAUUCACUCGCGGGUCAACUCGCCGACCGCUGAUCAAGCCAAAACAGACAUGUCUGCUGCACGCUUCAACAGACCUGAAACGCCCACCCUCACGCCGCUGUCGCAACCAGGCGGAUUCCUCCCCACAAUGGACGUCUUCGACCUGGCAGGCUUCAUGGAGGGCAACACCGAGGUAUUCCGGUCCAGCGCGCCGGGCCAAUACCUCCGGCUGAUCGACGACCACCAGAGCGGCGUCUUCACCACGCCAUCGGACGCGCCCGUGUCAGUGCGGAUCGAGCCCCGGAAGAUCAGCACGGUCGAGCGGGUGCCGGCGCAGAACGGGGCGGCGUGCGUGGUCAAGAUCACGUACCGCGCCUCGGCCGACGGCGGUGGCGGGACCGGCGGCGGGGCCUCUCCGUCGCGCACGCAGACGCUCGUGCUGGAGACGACGAGGUCGACGGCGAGCGGGAUGCAGACCGGCAUGGUGCAUGCCCGUCGACUCUGCCGGCGGCUGGGGUUCUGGAAUCCGGAUAUCUUGUGUCCCGCUCCGGCGGCUGCGUGAGUUCUGUCCUUUCGUUCGUUGGGUCGAUGGUCGUGAUUCGGAGGGGCGUCAAGACUAAUUAACUCGGGGCU